GGGCAAGCGUGGUCCUUGAAGCUAUUGAUAGUCUAGCGCAGAGGGCGUGGGACCAGUGUAGCAUGUAAGGCACAAAGACUGUUUCGGCUGCAAUACGCCGGGCAGGGUCUGGGAGAAAUUCAGUGCAGAACUCAUUGCAUUGUGCCGAACGAGUCGUGGUUUUUGAUGCAAGUGGCACACCGGGGGUGUUGCGAGGCGCGCGCGACUCGAUAUGCCAUUGUUGGAUGGGUUUUAUCGACCAAAAAGCAUGCACGCACUGCAACGCUUCAGGUCAUGUUCCAGGGUAGGCGGCAACGGCGAUGCAACGGUGUGCUUUUGGGGGCACCCAGGCAGUGGGUGAACGGGCAUGGCGUGGACAACAGGGCUGGGUGCAGGCCAAAAUUUGCCCGUUGCAGUGCCGAAAUUGAACGGAUGACGGGUGCAUGUUUCCUGAGACGAGCUUCUGCUUGAGCGCUAGCGUGAGCGCGAAGAAAGGGCAGGCGAUGGGGAGAGGAGAGACGAGGAGAGCAAACGUGUGGGUGGGGAGGGCAUCUGGAACCAUGGUUCAUGACUGGUGGGCAUGGUGGUGGUUGCGACAUGGAACGGCUUUGGAUGCCCCUUGGUGGGUUUGGGUUCGAGGCAGCGAUCAGCGGUCCCGGGCGAUCAGAAAGUCGCGUGCUGGAUCCAUCCAUCCACCGGCGAGCGGGACCAUGGCCGCGAAGCCAAAAGCAAGGCAGGGAAGAAGAAAAAGGAGGAUUGCAGGCACAGGCACGAGGACGGUGUGUGUGUGUGUGUGUGGGUGCAAGGGGCCAGGUGAUGGUCAUGUGACGGAUGCGAGGAAAAAAAAAGGUGCGGUAGGCUGGACGGGAACGCCCUGGCUAGCGAGGCAAGGACAGCCAUGGCGGGGCUGGAGGAGAAGAGGCGGUGGUGAGGCUGGGCGUGCAGUGAAAGGGUGUCGUCAUGUGCAGCGGUGGCAUGAGUCGCGGUUGGCGAACAGGUGGGAAAUUCAAGGAUACCUAGAUAGGAAGGCUUCUCGAAGGCCUAGGGAAGAGAAGCCGUGUCAUGGUCGUGUCAUGGUCGUGGAUGGGUGGUUGGUGGCCUGGCCUGCUUACUUACUUGGAGAGAGUAAGUAGAGUACGUCUGUCUGGACAAUGCACAGCGUGCACGUCCACGCAUAGAUAUAGCAGGCGUACAUGCUCAUGCCCAUGCCCAUGCCCAUACCCAUAUCCAUACCCAGACGGCUGCUGCGACGAUACACUACCACUUCACCAUGCACCCAAACUCGGCCCCGCCAAGCAUCCAG